AUGAAGAAUCCCCCAUCAGUUAGAAACAACAAAAAAUACUGUCGUUAUCAUCGGGAUAAUAGGCAUCACAUCGAUGAGUGUCGGGUUCUCAAGCAGGCGACCGAAAACCUUACGAAACAGGGGCACUUCAAAGAGUAUGUUGACGGCCCGACUCCCAUUUUGGAGAAGGAUCAAGAGGAACCAGGGAAGAAGUGUUGUUGUCACAAAGGACUCUACUGUAUAGGGAUCAUCUUCGGAGGAUCACACCUCAUGGGGAAUUCUCGAGGUGCCCAGGAGAGGUAUGCUCAGGAAGCCCGUCAUGACCCCGUUAGUGUAAUAAGCACGGUGUGGGAGGAGGAGAUCACCUUCUCUAAGAAAGACGCGGUACAAAUGCAUCAUCCCCAUCAUCCCCAUGAGGAUGCAUUCGUCAUCGCGCCUGAAUUAGAUCGAUGCGAAGUCCAUAGAAUGUUGUUAGACAAUGGAAGCGUUGUGAAUAUUCUGUUUCAACGAGCUUUCGAGAAAAUGCAACUGGACGAGGCAAACUUGAAGCCUGCCUCCAUCCCUCUCUAUGGUUUUACUAGGGAUCAUCUGAUUCCUAGGGGAACGAUCUUACUCUCGGUCACGUUGGGUGAAGCCGAUGAAGUGACCAAAAUGACAGAAUUUUUGGUGGUAGAUUGUCCGUCCACCUUCAAUAGCAUUUUGGGACGACCUCUACUGAGAAAUUUCAAGGUAGUCAUCUAUCUACCAUCUAAUAAUGAAGUUCCCUACCCUAACAGGGAUAGGGAAAGUAAGCAGAUCUCAACAUGA